CGCUUUCCAUUCAUCCUCCAGUCAGGGAGGAGUCGGGGUGGUCUCCUUGUGUUGGUCCACGCCCCGAGGGGAGGGGCGGGCAGCACCCACCAGCUGUCCAGAUUUAGGGCAAUUGGCCAGACCCACCCCCUGUCCUCUCCGGGUCCAUCUGGAGGCCUCAGUUUUCGCGUUUGUGAGAUGAGAUGGCUGAAGGUGACUUAAGCGGUCACUUUCUCUGGUUCAUGGCUCCCAAUAGACAGGGUUAGCCUGAUCCCACGCCAGAACACGAGUUUCCCAUUAAGGGAGACAAACAGGGGAACCCAUCCAUAUAUUUGGGGCCCCAUGGAGGUACUACUUCCUACUCCGCGAUACCGUGCUAUGGGUGAUCACGGUGUCAAGGGGAUACUGAGAGAACCUAUGAGUCCUCAGUUUCCCCAUCUGUAAAAUAGAGGCGGGACAAGAUCUGAGACGCUCGAAACUGACGUUUUUCCGCAAUCUCUCGUGAGCACUGGGGCCCCGCCCUCAAAGCGGUGAAAGGCGGAGCUUCUCUUUGGACCUUCGCGCGACCCGUAGCUGCGCCCGCGCACUGAGGAUCAGGGAAUCUGACGGUUUGCCUUCGCCAUGGAGCCCGAUGGGACCUACGAGCCGGGUUUUGUAGGAAUCCGCUUCUGCCAGGAGUGUAACAACAUGCUGUAUCCCAAGGAGGACAAGGAGAAUCGCAUCCUUCUGUAUGCGUGUCGCAACUGUGACUACCAGCAGGAAGCUGACAACAGCUGCAUCUACGUGAACAAGAUCACGCACGAAGUGGACGAGCUGACCCAGAUCAUCGCAGACGUGUCGCAAGACCCCACGCUUCCCAGGACCGAGGACCACCCCUGCCAGAAGUGCGGCCACAAGGAGGCAGUGUUCUUCCAGUCCCACAGCGCGCGAGCAGAGGACGCCAUGAGGCUCUAUUACGUGUGCACCGCCCCCCACUGUGGCCAUCGCUGGACCGAGUGACCCAGGCUCGCGCCGCCUUCUCCUGCACGCAGUUUCCUAAUAAAAGCAUUUUAUUUUUGGC